ACACAGCGAGGAACAGCCAUCACAAAUAAGGAGGACAAAUCGGGGGGAUAGUGGAUCGUUUCGGAGUUGGAGGUGGUGGGGGAUCCAGCCGAGAAGACAGCCGCAGUGAGUUUGGAGCCGUUUUGAGCUGAUUCGAUGCGGAGAAUGAAAAGGAGCCGGAUGACGACGGAAGCAAUGAAAAUAUCACACAUGUAGCUCGUUUGGGUGUAAAUAUUAUUCUCCUUCCUCCUGUCCUGCUGGCCCCCCCGCCCCCCGACGAAGACAGCCUUUGGGGAGACAGAGAAAUAGAUAGAGAGUCAAAGUGUGCACCUAUGGAAAUGUUUAUGAUGAGAGGAGACGUGGAAACGAGCCGCGCCAUAGUACGGGCGAGCCUUUCGGACACGCCGAGUUGGGCUCCUUGUCACGGGCAGCAGUGAGACGCAAGACCCGGGCUUUUGGAGAUGCAAAUUAGGCUGUGUGUUCUGCCUCCGUUUGAGGUGAAACCCCGCUUUUUGGUAUCUUAACACACAUUGUGGAUUACAAAUUUUUACACAGCUGACUCGGGGGGACACAGAGUGGGAAAACAAAACAGUAAAACUACACUGCAUGUGAAGGAGGAAAAAAAAAAAGCCCAAAGCAGGAUUCAGCAAACUGAGAAGGCGGCCUCGGUGUCGUCAGCAACAGUAUCCUGCCCUUUCUCUGACAGCAAAAUACGCGUUAUGGACACAUAAUUUCUACCGUGCUGCACCACGGACAGUUUUGGAGCAGACCAGGGACGUGAAACGGUGUAAAUGUGGGUGACACUGCUACCAAAUUUCGUGGGUCAAACGAGGGAUCUAGACUAGUUUAUUUAUUUUUCUUUCUACAUAUCCCCCCCUCCACCUCCACUUCUUCUUCUUCUUCCUCCUCCUCCCCUGGACCCCCUUUUUUCUUUUUUCUUGCGGGAAGAUGGGUUGUUUGGGCAACAGUAAGACCGAAGACCAGAGAAAUGAGGAGAAGGCACAAAGAGAAGCAAACAAAAAGAUAGAGAAGCAGCUCCAAAAAGACAAACAAAUAUACAGAGCAACACACAGGCUACUACUUUUAGGAGCUGGUGAGUCAGGAAAGAGCACCAUAGUGAAACAGAUGAGGAUCCUACAUGUCAACGGCUUCAAUGCAGAAGAGAAGAAGCAGAAAAUUAAUGACAUCAAGAAUAAUAUUAAAGAAGCUAUUGAGACCAUAGUUACAGCUAUGAGCACCCUGACACCACCGGUGCAGUUAGCGUGUCCACAGAACCAGUACCGCCUCGAAUAUGUCCUCAACCUCGUCAGCCAGAAGGACUUUGAGUUUCCAUCUGAGUUUUACGACCAUGCAAAGACACUGUGGCUGGACGAGGGAGUCAAAGCGUGCUAUGAGAGAUCCAACGAGUACCAGCUAAUCGACUGUGCACAAUACUUUCUAGACAAGAUUGAAAUUGUGAAGCAGAGUGACUACACUCCGACAGAUCAGGAUUUGCUGCGGUGCAGAGUACUGACUUCAGGGAUCUUCGAGACAAGAUUCCAAGUGGACAAAGUUAAUUUCCAUAUGUUCGAUGUCGGUGGUCAAAGAGACGAACGCCGGAAAUGGAUUCAGUGCUUUAACGAUGUAACGGCCAUCAUCUUUGUGGUGGCCAGUAGCAGUUACAACAUGGUGAUCAGAGAGGACAAUCAGACCAACCGUUUACAGGAGGCCCUCAACCUCUUCAAGAACAUCUGGAACAACAGGUGGCUGCGGACCAUUUCUGUCAUCUUGUUCCUAAAUAAACAGGACCUGCUAGCGGAGAAGGUGUUAGCAGGGAAGUCCAAAAUUGAGGAAUACUUUCCUGAAUUUGCUCGCUACACCACACCUGACGAUGCGACACCAGAGCCUGGAGAGGAUCCACGUGUUACAAGAGCAAAGUACUUCAUAAGAGAUGAAUUCCUGAGGAUCAGCACAGCAAGCGGGGACGGGAGGCACUACUGUUACCCCCACUUCACCUGUGCUGUUGACACGGAAAACAUCCGCCGUGUCUUCAACGACUGUCGAGACAUCAUCCAGAGGAUGCACCUGCGACAGUAUGAGCUGUUGUGAUGGGAGAAGAAAGGUGUUCGGCCAAAAAAAAAAACGCAAAAACAGAUCGGACAAUGAAACACCCUGAACCCUGAGUCUCCGAACUCCCCUCUCUUCCAAAGAGGUGUGCGAGCUCUUGUGAAGGCCAAAAGACACACACAUACACACACGUACACACACUUACAUGAAACACACUCUGAAGCCAGAACUUCCCCUGAUGCAAACUCCCUACCUGCAGUAGAUCUUUUGAUGGAUGAAGGGUAACACAAGAACUCUAGGACUCUGAUCUCCAACACCACUUUCAGCCAUACUCCCAGCUCCUCGCCUCUCGAACAUCAUGCAUUGUCCCCGCACACGUAACCUUCACCUUCCCUAAAGUCUGGACUGUAUCUCCUGCAAUGAGGAAGGUUCGAGCUGCGGUCGAGAUGGAAGUGCAACUUGGAAAGAGAUAAAUGUUGAAUUACUGCAAAUAGAGAAUAAACGCGUCACAACAGAUCAACUGAACACUGUAUCUAAUGAAAACACAAGCACUGUGCUCAGGACUCGACACUGAUCCUUCCGAUCACUUACAUACAUCCACAAAUACAACCAACGGGAUCUGCUUGCACACAGAAAAACGCAUCACACCUGCUUUUUACUGGACUGCAUAACCGGGGCGGAUCCAGAAACAUACUGAUCCGCCUACUGUAGCAGCAGCCGACAAGUGACCUGCUCACUGAGCUGUCGGCUGGUAUUUUUUGCCAUCACAGUGCUUUGAAAUUAAACAGACUGAGCGACUGCGCAGCUGAGCCCCAAGGAGCAGUGUUACCACAUUGACGGACUAAAACGGACCAGGCUGCAGGGGGGGGCGGGUUCACAAAAAAACAGGACAGAGCUGACUCCGAUGUGAAUUUCUCUGCUGGAGUUUCGGACACAUUCGAGAGGGACGACGAUGACGACGAUCCCUCGACUCCUCCACAGAACAGUUUUGCCACCUGACUUUGCCUCGUUGAUAGUGGAGCAAAACGUGAGGAGGAUAUAUUGAGUUUAAAACAAAAAAGAAACAAAAAACAUAAUGCCAACUUUUAUGGAACUUAACAAACGGAGGGCAAAAAAAGCAUCCGUCUACAGUACAGUACCAUAUAAGUUAAAGAGAACUCUCAUCUUGUCAUGAUUGACCCUGUUUUACUGUCUUCACAGCUGUUUUUGUCUGUGUGGACUUUUGUGCCAUUGUGCCCUGUGCGCUUUCUUUAUCUUUACUCUUCCUGUCUCUUGUCAUUCUCUCCCUGUUCUUUCUCCUCUGCCGUUUCUACUCACUUCUCCCUCUCUUCCUCUCUCUCUCCUCCUUCACUCCUCCGCCACCUCCCCAUCUGCACUUUUACUUUACAGGCAGUGCUCUUUUUUUGUUGUUGUUUUUUUU